AAAGAAAAUGUCAGAUUAAAGACAGCUAAAAAUCCGGGUAGCUUCUCUCUUAAACAAAUGCUUGGCACUAUUCAGUUUGAGAGAGUUGGCGAAACUGGAAAAUUAGUUGCUGAUCCACGAUACGUGAACAGUACAUGGAUUCAUUUCCCUCUUUCCAUAUUAAAUGGCAUGGAGAGGUACGUCGUCCCCAACAACGUCAACGCUAUUACUCACUUGAAA